CGGGAUCAAAGUCAAGCUCUGGCUUUCACAAGAGUUAACACCUGUGCAUUUAGCAGGACUUGUUAAGCAAGUGUUCGUAAGAAUUUAAUUCAUUUUCCCGUAUCUCAGUAACAUUUAUAGUGGAAGACAAUUUUUCUUACUGACAGUUGGGGCUUAAGAGCUUUUUGUGUAAAACAAAACUGAAGCAAGUCUUUGACUGUAGCAGGAUUCAUGAAAUUAAAUUAGUUAGUCCUAUGUUGCUAGUAACCCCCAGUAGAUAAUUUAACACAAUUUCACCAUGGUUUCCUACACCAUUCAGGUCUUGUGAAGAAACAGAUACCGUUUGUUACAUGUUACAGAAGGGAAAAAAAUAAAAAGAAACACCACCCAGUAUCUUUCUUACAACUGAGUUCAGAAUAAGGAAUACCUCAGCGUGUACUGCCAAUAAGCCUUGUGUUUCCCCUUUAGAUCAGUGAAUGAACAUGUGACAUUGGUUCCAACACCUGAUGAAAUCGUUUCCUUUCUUACAAAACUGGGUACCGAGGAGCUGGCACAACCUCCUGAGGGCGAUGUCCGAGGUUGGGGCAGGAGAGGCUGGCAGGACAGGAGCACAUUGCCAAGGAAAGCAGCAGCACAUCAGUUAUGGAAGUUUCUCGGAAUACUCACAAACAUCACAGAAGUCAGCCUGGUUUUAUUAACAAAACUCCUGACCACAAACAAAGCAAUCUGACUGAAACAGACAGAAAUGCACCUUGGGAAAACACCACCCGAGGUGACCAGCAGCAGUGGGACCACUGCAGGGCCAGUGCCACCAGCUGGGGGAGAGCUCUGCCCGCGGCCUGCAGGCCCUGCAGCAUGGCAGCGCCAGCACGGCCUGCAUCGUGGCAGCGCCAGCAGGUGUAGUGGCACGGCCAUGCCAACACCACCUGACUGCAGCUUGUGACAGGGCGAUACGGGGCAUCAGGAGCUGUACCUUGGAUGUUUUAUUUUAUUCCUGUUGAGUUGAUACAACAUAUUGUUGAGUAUUUUCCCUAAAAGCAUUUCCACUUUAAACAAAUGGAAAAAUGCAAGGUCUUGCAGGAACCACUGAGUUCACCACAAGUGUGGCACUGCCUAAGCGCUUCCACGCUGUGGCUGUGCCAUUGCCAACACACUCUCCAUUUUUAAAAGUGAGUACAUCGGUCAUCCUCGGUAACACGGGUGCUUGUGAGGCCACCACAGCUGCAGACACCAUGUCCGGACAGCAGAGCACAUCCACACUGCUGUGAGUUGAAGCCCAAGCCUGCGUCUAAUGCCGCCCAUGGCAGAUGGCCCGUAGCAAACACGGCACAGAGCUGUGCCACCCACACAGCACCCCAGCACAUCUGAGCACCCACCCCAGCGGCACCAAGUUUCGUGAGCCCUGAUCCAGCUCCCCUCAGGCAGGCAGCCACAGCCCCACCAUGCCCAGGCCCCCAUGGCCCCAGUCUGCCUUCACGCCAGAUGGCCACCCCACACCACAGCCCCAGGGCGGCAGCAGUGGCUGCAGGCACUGCUCCCUGCGGGGCUCGCCUCACGCUGCUGGCACCAGCCCCAGGGCACAGGGCCUCAGGCAGUGCAGCCCGGCAGCGCCUGCGCCUGCCGCGUCGCCACGGAGACCGCACAGAGACCAGAGGCCGCCAUGGCCGGGGCCGAGCGGCUCAGCACAGGAUCAGCCUCACCCCGCGCUGCUGGCUGAGGGCCAGCCCCACAGCCCUGCUCGCGUGAGGGGCGCACAGAGGAAGCCGGGAGAUGGAAACGCCAGGCAUUGCCAACCCCACCACUGUGCAGAAGCCUCCAGGAAUUUCAGUGUCCGUGCAAACAGAAGCUAGCUGGCUUUAUGAACAUGCCUACAAAAAAUCACCCCUGCCAGACAAGUUCAGCAGUUUAGAUAUUUUGUGCAACUUGGAGUUUAAAGAAGAUUUUGUGAAGCUGUUCAAGCAGUCGCUACACACGCUCCCCUCUGUUGGCCUGCCAACUAUUCUGGCCUACAGACCUGAAUCAUCAUGGGACAGCAUGCAGAUCGAGGUAGAGGAGGACUGCACUCCAAAGUGUGAGUUCUGUGGUAGCGUGCUGAAGCCAUUUCCUUCCUUUGAGGACACUUGCCCACGGUCGCAGGAUUAUGAAUCAAAGUUCUGCUGUGAGCAGAAUCGAGACCUCUAUGAGUUCAUUGUAAAGGAGACAAAGAAUCGCGAAAGUGCUUGGGAUGUUCCCAUUGCUAUUGAACCCCAUGAGUCCCAUGGCACCGAAGCUGAAAGACGCCUGUCAAAGGAGAGAGCGUACCAGAGGCAGCAGGAGAGACAAAUGGCCAGACAGUUAGCUUUGCUAGCAGCUGAGACAACAACUGUAGCUGAAUGUUCAAGACAACCUGGCACGAUUUCUUACCUGCUUUCUCAGGAGCCACCAUCUCCAACAGGCUGGACACUGGUACCUGGUGAAAGAGCAGAAAAGCUCAAAGAGGAGCCCAUCUCCUACAGCAUCACCUGCUGUGACUUCACCAUUGUGGGCGGAAGGGUAGUGAAGAAUGAACUGUUGGAAAAAUACUACAAACAUGGAGGAAAAUUUCUUACCAUGCUUCCAGAUGGAACAGCGCAGAUAUUCUAUCCAUCUGGAAAUCUGGCAGUCAUUGUUAUACGAGAAAGAAAAUGGUUUAUUUGCAUAGUACAGGAAGACAAGCACACUAACGCCGAAAUACAAGCACUAUUUGAGUCCAAUGGCAGAAGUACUUGUUAUUACCCACACGGAUCCGUAUGGAUAAACAUGAAUGUUCAGGGAGGGCAGUAUUUGGACAAGGCAGGCAGCAGGGUGAGAAGGUGGACAUGGCCAAACAGCUUAACAUCAUCAGGACUCUGCGUCCCGCUCAGACCCAUCUUCAUCUCCCUGAACCAGCACGUGGGGGUCAGGAUUGUGGGCCAGGACAAGAUCACUGUUUCCUUCCUCGCCAUGGGACAACAAGCAAAAUUCAAUGUGGGAACCAGAGUGCAGGUCAGCCCUGCCAGCCGGCCGUGUCCGCCCACCCUGCUGAGUGAAGACGACCUCCUGCUGCUGGCCCUCAGGGUGAGGAUCCUGCGGCUCUUCGAUAAACUGCGCGGAUGCUUAAGCUUUCCAUCCAAUGAGCAGUGGGAAAAAAUCAAGCCUCCAGCAUACCUUAUGACGCAGACUUUAAAGAUCUUACACCUUUGCACAACUUCUGACCUAAGUGAAGAGCUGCGCAGCUCAGUUAGGGCAAUAGUAAAUGCUCAGGUCUGACCAGCGUGUAUGAUGUGAAGGCAAAAUGAGCCAAGCCUGGGAAGAGACAGAGAUGCCCCUGAAGCUGUGGCACCUGUGUGCUCAGCAAGGUUCCACCUGCAGCUUUUCCCCGCUGUGGUGUGGAGCCAAGGACAGGCUGCAGCCCUUCUGCACAGCCACUCUCCUGUGGCCCUCCCACCUGACAGGUGCUCAGCGUAAGUGAGGCUGAGGUGCAAGAAGCACCAGCUCACAUUUUGGUGUGAGCUCAGGGCGAAAUACAUCUUGUCUGUCAGGCUUGAAGAGGGGCUUUGCCCAGGGUACAAUAAAUCCAUGCUUGAUGUUGGUGCA